AUGCGAGUUUUGGGACACAACCUGAAAAUCCUCUGCCACGUUACGAGCUGAAGGAUUACGAUCGAAUUGGAAUCUCGGUGGAACAGUGAUCGAGUUUGGAGAAGAAGAAAGUCAACUCUGCAAUUAAUUCCAGUUUUUUUUUUUUUUUGUUAAUCUUGGAGACGCGGCACUCUCCUUGUUUAAAGGGAUUCCAUUGAAGAAAACCUAGCAGCAUUGGGACGAGAUCCUGUAUCCAGUUUAUCAUCUCUGUCAAUGAUAGAAUUUAUCCCCUGAUUAAUCAUACUUCCUCUUCGGCCCAUGGAUGAGCGAGAUUAUGCAUCAGUUUCAAUAGCUUUUUUCAAUCGGUUGAAACAGUUCUCACAAACGGUUUGUUGGGAUCUGGUACCAUUAACCUAAAAGGGUGCAGAGCGUUGGUACAUGAGCCAUCAGAAAUUGGAAGGGAAAACCUCUCAAAAGUUUGCAAGGGUGUCAUCUGUGAAGCUUUAAGCCAGUCAUUUAUGGAUCUUGAGCUGUCCUGUACCUCAAGCCUUCCAUGGAUUUGGGCUGUGGAAACUCUAGCACACGCUGAUCACAUAGACACAUAUCUUCUAAUAGAUUUGCUGGAGAAGACACCAGAAAUAGGUGAUGAUAUUGGCCGAAAUGCUAGAGAAGCGGUGUCGUUGAAAAUUUUAGAGAAUUUUUUGGUUCAAAGAGCCCCUGCAAUUCCCGAAUCAUCUUCUCACUCUAUUGAAAAGAUUAUGUUAGAACCAUCCGAAAAUUGUGAAGAUGUUCUAAAAAGAAUGUUGGCUGAGAAGUGUAAGCAGGCAUCACCAUCAUGCCUGAAACUUGCUGAUCUAGAGAUUAACAAAUGGAAUCUUCAGCCCUUUAUACGACAUAAACGAUCGAGCUUGGCCGUAUAUACUCUGAAGCAGCUGAAAGAUGCAAUUCUCACAGGAAAGAAUCCUUUGCUUGCUUCCUUGAAAGAACAAAGUGGCUUAUCUGUUGGAAACCAACCUCAAAAUGGAGCUAGAAUCGACGGUGUUACCUGCAAUGGCAUUACACCGGGACUUAGUACUAAUGAUGAAAGGUUGCUGCCAGUUAACACAAAGAGAAAAGUCCAAAGUGAAAGUGCAGAGGGAACAUCGUUUGAGAAUCAGAUCGAACCCAAUAAUGGAUCUGUCAAGAAGCAUAAACCUGAUGCUGUUUUCACUAAACCAUAUGUGAAUGAUAAAAAUAUGCCUUCAGGUGAAGAUACACAAUGUGCAUCUGCAGCAUUUAUGGAACAAAAUGACGGAGACAGGUGCAACUCAGAUAAAAAUAUGCCUUCAGGUGAAGAUGCACAAUAUGCAUCUGCAGCAUCUAUGGAACACAGUGAUGGAGACAAGUGCAACUUAGAUAAAACAAAUCAUAUUGCGAGCGUAGGGAUUGAUGAACCUCCUGAAGAUGAUAAUGAUCGACAGCAAACUUCUCCAAAGGGACUUGCUAGGGUGGAUGAAGUUUUGCAUACUGAGAAGGAACAUGAAUAUGACAUUGGGAAAACAAAUGGCGACGACAUUUCUAGUGGUAAGGGAGGAAUCAAUUAUGAUGGUGCUGAUUUUGCUACCAAGAAUACUUCUUUGGAUCAUCAGCUUCCUGCUAAUUGUAACGAGUGUACUUCAUCGGAGGGGCUUGGAGGCUGUGAUGAAGUCCCUCAUCAAGAACUGAAUCCUCGAUGUGAUACUGACAUGCAGAAUGACAAAUUUGAUGGGAAGCAGAUGAAAGAUCAUGAUGUUGAAUUGGACAAAUUUGAGCAAAAUAUUUCAAGAAAAUCUCCAAAUGUCAGUGAAGCUGAAGGUGUCAAUUUGUCAAGAGAUAGCGAUGAGCUUCUUGAUGAGGAUACUAGUAUUGAUGAACUGAAGCGAACAUUUUUGUGCUCUCAGCCUGCAUACAGUCAGGAUCCUUUGGCAACAACUGAUUGGACAGAGCUAGAUCUUUGUAUGAAAUGCAACAAGGGUGGCGAUUUACUGGUUUGUAGUUCCCACUCCUGCCCUAUAGUGAUACAUGUGAGUUGUCUUGGUUCUGAUGCAGUCUAUGACACAAAUGGAAAAUUUUACUGCCCAUUUUGUGCAUAUUCUCAAGCUGUUGCAAAGUACGUGGAAGUUAAGAAGCAAGCCUCCUUGGCAAGAAAGCAUGUGGCAACUUUUAUUCGUAUAGGGACUUCAAAAGAAUCUGAGGAACACUCUGACAGAUUACACAGGACAGAGCAAAAUCAGCAGGAACCCGAUGAUGGUUUGUGUAGAAGUAACAAAGUGAAGAGUGAUGCUAAAGAAAAAGUCCGUAAUCGUCAGCAGAGGAAGGAAUUGGAAAAUGAACCGGGAGGACCUUCAGGAGUGCAUUCCUGUCCCAAUCUUCGUUCCAGGAGAAGUGAUAUAUCUUCAACCAAUAGAACAGCUCAUGGUUUGGACAAAGAUAAUCAAGAAGGGGAAAAAGGUACUGAGAUAUCCCAGUCACUGAGAAUUCAUGAAGAACCACAGAAAGAUGAACUUGGAAUCCAUAACUCUCUGAUAGAAAAAACAUCCCACCAAGUUUCGAAGAGAAGUGAUGUGUCUGAGAACUAUGUUGACAUCAGAUCCAAAAAGGGAGAUGUGUCUCCUCGAGGAACAGAUGAGCAAAUUGCAGAAAAAGUCCGUAAUAAAAUGCAGAGGAAGAAAUUGAAAAAUGAAUCGGCAGGACCUUCAGGAAUGCAUUCGGGCCACAAUCUUCGUUCCAGGAGAAACGGUAUAUCUCCAACUGAUAGAAUAGCUCAUGGUUUGGACAAAGAAAAACAAGAAGGGAGAAAAACUACUGAGAUAUCCCAAUCAAUGAGAAUUCAUGAAGAACGACAUAAAGAUGAACUUGGUUUCCACAACUCUCUGAUAGGAAAAACAUCCCACCAAGUUUCGAAGAGAAGUGACGUGUCUGAGAACUAUGUUAACAUCAGAUCCAAGAAGGGAGCUGUGUCUCCUCGAGGAACAGAUGAGCAAACUACAAAAAAAGUCCGUAAGCAAAAGCAGACAAUGGAAUUGGAACGUGAAUCGGCAGGACCUUCAGGAAUGCAUUCGGGUCACAAUCUUCGUUCCAGGAGAAACGAUAUAUCUCCAACUGAUAAAAUAUCUCAUGGUUUGGACAAAGAUAAUCAAGAAGGAAAAAGAAGUACUGAUAUAUCCCAAUCACUGAGAAAUCAUGAAGAACAACAGAAAGAUGAACUUGGAAUCAAUAAAUCGCUGAGAGAAAAAACAUCCCACCAAGUUUCAAAGAGAAGUGGUGUGUCUGAGAACUAUCUUGACAUCAGAUCCAAGAAGGGAGCUUUGCCUCUUCAAGAAACAGAUGAACAGAAAGAUCUCUCAUCAAAGUCUGAUACAAUUGAGUUGUUUGAAACAUCUGAUGAAGACUUUAAAUGCGGUAGUUCUGGUACUUCAAAGUACUCUACAAGACUUCGAAAACAGAAGGUGCAGCCGUCAUAUCCAACGAUUCCUCCAUUAAGGCGGAAAAAGCUUCCAUGGACAAGCGCAGAAGAAAAUGCAUUGAAGGAGGGAGUACGGCUACUGAGCAACCCCGGCGAUAAGAUUAUGCCUUGGACGAAAAUUUUGGAAUUUGGGACCGGUGUUUUUGACAGAAGCCGCACUGCGAUAGACCUCAAAGACAAAUGGAGGAAUAUGUGCAAAGCAGGUUUGAAAGGCUAACGGAGUUGCGCCGUCCUGUGGUCUUUCGAACUGGUAAUUUUACAGUACAGAGAAAGUUAUUUUGAAUCUAAAUGCAUCCUAUGCUAUGAAUUUAUGAUCACUCUGAUGUUGGAGAUAUCUUAGAGGUUUUCUUUGCUGUUGCUUUCAUGUAUAUUUGUGUUGAUAUUGAUUUGGGUAUGAAUGUACAAUUAUUUUUA